ACAAGCAAACGGCAAACCGAUGCCGCCUUCUCGCCCUCCUCUCACCCCGACGAGUCUGGGCCUUCUCCACCGCUUCCUAGCCUCGUCCUCCUCGGCGCCUCCGCCGCUGCCCGUGCUCCUCCGCCUGCACGCUCUCGCUGCCACCUCAGGCCUCUGUUCCCGCCCCGACUUCGCCGCCAAGCUCGUCUCCGCCUACUCCUCCUCCGGCCGCCCCGGCCUCGCCGCCCUCGCCUUCUCCGCCUCCCCCUGCCCGGACACCUUCCUCUGGAACUCCCUCCUCCGCUCCCACCAUUGCGCCUCCGACUUUGCCUCCGCGCUCUCCGCCCACCGCCGCAUGUGCGCCGCUGGCGCGCGGCCCUCCCGGUUCACCGCGCCCAUCGCCGCCUCCGCGGCCGCCGAGCUCGCGGCGCUCCCGGUCGGCUCCUCCGUGCACGCCUACUCCGUCAAGCUCGGCCUUCUGGUAGGCGAUGGUUCCCUCGCGGUCUCGUCGUCGCUCGUGUACAUGUAUGCCAGGUGCGGCCGCAUUGACGACGCUACGAAGCUGUUCGACGAAAUGGGUGAGAGGGACGUCAUCACGUGGACCGCGGUGGUCUCUGGGUGCGUUAGGAAUGACCAGGGUGAGAAGGGAAUGAGAUACUUGGUGCAGAUGGUUAGGCUAGCGGGUGAUGGCGGCGCGAGGCCAAAUUCACGGACAAUGGAGAGUGGGUUGGAGGCUUGCGGACUGCUAGGUGAGCUGUCUGCUGGGAGAUGCUUGCACGGGUACACGGUGAAGGAAGGGAUUGGAGAUUGUGCGUUGGUGGUUUCCGCACUUUUCUCAAUGUACUCAAAGUGCGAUAGGACUGAGGAUGCAUGUGUUUUAUUCCCGGAGUUGCCAGAAAAAGAUGUGGUUACCUGGACUAGCUUGAUUGGAGCCUAUUGUAGGAGAGGACUUGAUAGGGAGGCCGUGGAGUUGUUCCAGGAGAUGGUGGUGUCUGGUCUGCAGCCAGAUGAAGUUCUUGUUAGCUGUGUACUUUCAGGGUUAGGGAACAGUGGAAAUGUGCGUAGGGGGAAGGCAUUUCAUGCAGCUAUAACUAAGAGAAACUUUGGAGACAGUUUCUUGGUUGCCAAUGCUUUGAUUUCAAUGUACGGGAAACUUGAGUUGGUAGAUGCUGCAGGCAAAGUUUUUGGAAUUUUGCAUCAACGAGAUGCAGAAUCAUGGAGUUUGAUGGUUGUAUUAUACUGCAAAGCUGGACUUGAUGUCAAAUGCUUGGAGUUGUACCGAGAAAUGCAUUGCAGAGAUCAUGAUGAAUUUUUAUGUGAUAUCAACAGCUUGGUUUCCACAAUCUCUUCUUGUUCACGGCUAGGACAACUGCGGUUAGGUCAAUCAGCUCAUUGCUUUUCGAUCAAGUGCUUGCUUGAUGAAAUUUCAGUUGCCAAUGCAUUAAUUGGCAUGUAUGGAAGGUGUGGGAAAUUUGACCUUGCAUACAAAAUAUUUGGUGUGGCCAAAGUGAGGAGGGAUGUUGUCACCUGGAAUGCACUCCUAUCCAGCUAUUCACAUCUAGGACAUUCAAAUGAUGCCUUGUCACUAUAUGAUCAGAUGCUCACUGAAGGUGUCCAACCAAACUCUGCAACCUUGAUUACUGUCAUUUCAGCUUGUGCAAAUUUGGCUGCACUGGAACAUGGUGAACUGAUACAUUCUUAUGUGAAAGAUAUGGGGUUGGAAUCUGAUGUAUCUAUUAGUACAUCACUUGUUGACAUGUAUACUAAAUGUGGGCAGCUGGGGAUUGCAAGAGGAAUUUUUGAUUCUAUGCUCGUACGGGAUGUUGUUACAUGGAAUGUGAUGAUAGCAGGCUAUGGGAUGCAUGGUGAUGUGAAGCAAGCACUGCAGUUAUUUAGUGAGAUGGAGAGAGGAAGUAUUAAGCCUAACAGUGUCACUUUUCUUGCCAUUCUGUCUGCUUGCUGCCAUGCAGGGUAUGUUGAUGAGGGCAGGAAGCUGUUCAUCAGAAUGGGGAAAUACCGCCUUGAACCUAACCUGAAGCAUUACGCAUGUAUGGUGGAUCUCCUAGGGAAAUCUGGGCAUCUUCAAGAAGCAGAAGAUAUGAUUUUGGCUAUGCCAAUACAACCUGAUGGUGGGGUAUGGGGAACUUUGCUUAGUGCCUGCAAAAUGCAUGACAAUUUCGAGAUGGGGUUAAGAGUUGCAAAGAAGGCUUUUGCUUCUGACCCAGGAAAUGAUGGGUACUAUGUUUUAAUGUCCAAUUCAUAUGGUAGUGCUGAAAAAUGGGAAGAGAUAGAGAAACUGAGAGACACGAUGAAGAAUCAUGGAGUGGAAAAAGGUGUGGGCUGGAGUGCGGUUGAUAUUUGCGUGUGAGUUAACAGUUAUGGCAUAACUACAGCCGAGACUGUAGAAGGGUAAAUAACUAAUUGACCGCAUUUGCUCAUUUACAUAAACUCUGGAUCAGCUUUAGAGAUAUAAUGACCGGCUGACUGCUACCGGUGCAAAUGGUUAAGGUCUGUUGCAAGAGCCAAGAAGUCUGUGAAUUAUGCAUCCAUUGGGCAUUUAUCUUCUUCAAUAGUCUGUCUCAUUAGAACGUGGCGGCAAAAGUCCUCUUAUUAUCCAAGAUGAUGUUGCUAAUAUCGGCAGAGAAGAAAAUUGUCCAGCGAAUUUCAUAUAGGCCAUUUGGAUGAGCAAAAGUGCAUGAAAAAUGUUCAGAACCACUGGAAGAAGAUAGCAGGUAACUCAAUUGGAACCUAUUCCACUUUUGGAGUUUGAUUGCAAAUAUGUACAUCUGGAACUAUUUUUGUGCAUACGACAUUACUCCCCGCCUCCUCAAGCAGCUCGUGUUUGAGCUGAAAAUCCUGGAUCUUUUCUUCCUAUUGUACCAAAAUUUUCUGAACACCACUUGCUACCGUGCCCCAAGACUUCAUUUGCCUCAGGAUUAUUUGAACGUGAUAAAUCAACGUUAAUGCUGGUGGCGCAUCUGGUGGAUCAACAUGGAAGCACUUCAGAAGACUCGCAUGAAAAAGAUUGUGAAUAUGAACCCGUGCUGGAACGCCCAGUUUAUAUGCUAUUGUCCCCACACGGCCCAUAAAUACAACAAAUUGACUGGAGUUAACCUGCGUCUAAAGAGACAGCAUUGGUUUUGUAAAACGGAGUGUAUAGUGGUCUAGCUGGAUCAGAACUCGCUCAUUAGUGACAUCAAUUGCUCAUUUACAUAGAGCCUGAUUCAGGUUUGGGAAUGAUGCAUGUAAGUUUCUUCACAUUUUAUAAUGGUUCGAUCCUAAAGGCUAUGCCCGUAAAGGAAGUAAACACUUCUUGGGGAAAAUGCCCCUCAUUGAUUUA